UAAUUAGGCUUUGCGCCAUUGAUUGGAUUUGGGUUUGGGCUCAACUCUCUCUCUCUCUCUCUCCUCGUCUCAUCUCUCAAUCUCUCAUCAAUUCAAUAAAUACACACACUUGUCCUUCACAAUUGCCUCCCCUUUUAGCUCUUCCUCCACCGACGCACCGCCUCCAUCAGCCAGCUGUGUUCUACUGUCACUUUGCUGGAUCUGACACUGCAAUCAUCGCCUCAAACCAUGUCGUCCGGGAGGUACAUGGCCUACUCGCCCUCCCCCUCCGCCCCCCACUCUCCUCACAUCGCCGCCACCCGCACCGCCGCCUCCGCUAUCGUCGAGCAAGAGAAGUACCUCACAGACUUGCUGGCAGAACGUAACAAGCUCAAUCCUUUUAUGGCCGUGCUUCCAAAUUGCUACCGGAUGCUGAAUCAGGCAGAAAUAUUGCGUGUAACUACACUGUUGGGGAGUGCAUCAGUUUUAGAACAAAGUAUGCUUGAACAUGCUAGCCCCCUGGCUUCAGGAGGAAUAUAUUCAAAUGGAGGAGCUAACGCGAACAGAUGGGCAUCAUCACCAUUUCAAUCAGAAAUGUCUAGUGUAAUGCAAUCUUCCUCCACACCAAACUGGCUUGGUUCCCAAGGUAGCUCUUCUGGUCUCAUAGUCAAGCGAACAAUCAGGGUUGAUAUUCCAGUUGACCAAUAUCCUAGUUAUAAUUUUGUUGGACGCCUCCUUGGUCCUAGAGGGAAUUCUUUGAAGCGAGUUGAAGCAACUACCGAGUGCCGUGUUCUAAUCAGAGGGCGUGGCAGUAUCAAGGAUCCAACAAGGGAGGAGAUGAUGAGAGGUAAACCAGGAUAUGAGCACCUCAACGAGCCUCUUCACAUACUUGUCGAGGCAGAACUGCCAGUUGAGAUCAUCGAUGCUCGUCUAAUGCAGUCACGUGAGAUACUAGAAGAUUUACUUAAGCCUAUGGACGAAGCUCAAGACUACUAUAAGAAGCAACAGCUGCGAGAACUGGCACUGCUGAAUGGUACUCUUCGGGAUGAUGUCUCUCAAAUGUCUGGCUCUGUAUCACCGUUCCAUAACAGUCUGGGAAUGAAGAGGGCGAAAACCAGGGUGUGAUCAAUAUUUGGAGUUCAGAUGUCUUCCAGCUCUGCCUUGAAAACUGCAGUUCCUAUAGCACAGGUCUAUUGCUGUGCCAGCCGAUGCCUGUCACUGCGCCAUCGGGGCACUGGUCUGCUGAGUGCCAGUUCUAACCUGUCUCUAUAUGAUAUGAGUGCUUUUAUAUUACCUGUGGGAGAUUUAGUAGCAGUAAAAAUGUUUGGUAAUGGAUGUUAAUGGUGAGGGGUUUUGAGUUUGUAUGUUGUUUCGUGGGCAGUUUGGUAGGGGAGUAUUCUCCCCCCACAAGAACAUCGCCUCCUAUUAUUUUAUUUGUUGUUAGCUUUUGCUGGGAGUUUUUUAUAUUAUGGAACAUAUUUGUGUUAUUCA